UCAUUAAAAACAAAAUAGAUAGGGCUAUCCAAUAGCCUUUGUGGUCAGCAUUAUUCCAGGAUUGUGUUUUUUCCAAACAUCAAUCAGUCCCUCUUCUCUCACUAAUGCUGCAGGUGACAACUUUACAAAACAGUUAACGAUGUCUUCUUUUAUUGCUCUUCAUGGCCUGCAUGGCUCUCUUCUUAAAUCACAGUUCCUAGGCCAAGAAAACCUCACUCAUCUUUACCCUCGCAGAAAGGCUUCCAAUAUUCACACCAAACCAGUAACAACACAACCAUGUGCUAAACUUGACCUGCUGCAAAGCCUGGGAGGAAGAGGACUGUGCAAUGGAGAAGAAGGCCUUAAGCAAGAGCUGAAUAAGCAAGUCGGUGCUGAUGAGAAGACACCAUCAUCAACAGCAAGUGAGAAGGAACAAGAGGAGAACUUGGCAAGUGUUGCUGUGGAAGAUGGUUUUGAGAAGGAACUGAUGGGGUUGACUGGGGGAUUUCCAGGGGGUGAGAAGGGGUUGAAAAAGUUCAUUCAGGAAAACCCUCCUCCAAAACCAGUUCAAAGGAGCAAAAGUCUGAAAGUGGCACUGUCAGAGAAGCCAAAACCACCAGAACUGCCUCUGUUGUUGCCAGGAAUGAUUGCCAUUGUGAAGAACCCAAAUAACCCUUUUUACAUGUACUGUGGGAUUGUACAAAGAAUCACAGAUGGGAAAGCAGGAGUUCUCUUUGAAGGAGGGAACUGGGACAAGUUGAUCACUUUCAGAUUGGAAGAACUUGAGCGCAGAGAAAAAGGCCCUCCAAUGAAGAACCCUAAGUCUGCUGUGCUUGAACCGUUUCUAGGAAAGAAAUCAUAGUUCAGCACUUUGUUUCAACUUGCCAAUGAUGUUCACUUUUGUGUCACAUAUGUAUGUAUCUGCCUUUCUGACAAAUCUAGCACAGCUGAGAAUUGAAGCUACUGCUUAAAUGUUCUUUCUUUGUUGAAAUUCUAAGAAGAAAAGAACCUCCUUACGCUGAACAUGUAUAUUUGUGUAAACUCAUGUAAAAGAAAAAAAACGGUUGUAUAAUUUAGUGAGUUUUAGUCUUC